AAGACAUGUAUCAUAGUCCUAAACAAAGUAACAGAUCUUUGGGUCCUCCUUUCUUUUUUUUCUCCCUUCUAUCUGAAAUCCGACAUCCUCAAUCUCUGUCUCAAUUUCUCCUUAGCUAUAUCAUCACCUUCUUGGUCAUAGAAUCAGAGAAAAGCUUUAAAAAAAAAACCCUAGUUCCUCUUUUUCACAUGAAAACCUAACUCUCUCUUCUCUCUCUGCAUCAUUUCUUCUUUCUCGCAUGUGCAGAGCUAUCAAACAUCUGUUUUUGAUUGAAAGCUAAGUCUCCAAUUCCAAAACGGAAGAAAUUGAAAGUGUGUGUGUCAAGACAAACCACCAAACUACAAAAGAAACAAAACCCACAUCGCAUUGUUCCUUAAAGACCCAGCAACAAGAUUAUCUCACGCUUCCUUCUUUCUUCCUGACAUUUUUCUCAUUUUUGUUUUCUCGUUAUUUGGGGUUUUUUCUCCAAUGUGGGUCGCAUUUGGUGAUAAGUGAUUAUUUCUAGGGAUUGUGUGACCUUUGCUUUAUUGGGUUAAGCAUUUAAAGAAACCUCUCAAUGGCGUUGUUUAGAAAGUUCUUUCACAGAAAACCUCCUGAAGGUUUGCUUGAGAUCUCUGAGAGAGUUUAUGUCUUUGAUUGCUGCUUAACCACGGAUAUGUUGGAAGAUGAAGAUUACAGAGUUUAUGUGGGCCGCAUAAUGAGUCAGCUACGAGAACAGUUUCCCGGUGCAUCAUUCAUGGUGUUUAAUUUCCGGGAUGGAGAUAGUAGAAGCCGGAUGGAGAGUGUACUUACUGAGUAUGACAUGACUAUCAUGGACUAUCCUCGCCAUUAUGAAGGUUGCCCUUUGCUUACAAUGGAAACGGUUCAUCACUUUCUUAAAUCAGCUGAAAGUUGGUUAUUGUUAAGUCAACAGAAUAUCUUAUUGUCGCACUGUGAGCUUGGUGGCUGGCCGACUCUAGCUUUUAUGCUUGCUUCGCUCUUGUUAUACCGCAAACAGUUUAGUGGAGAACAGAAAACACUGGAGAUGAUAUAUAAGCAGGCUCCUCGUGAGUUAUUACAGCUAAUGUCUCCACUAAAUCCGCUGCCUUCACAGUUGAGGUUUCUUCAGUAUAUUUCGAGAAGGAAUGUUGGGUCACAGUGGCCACCGCUAGAUCGGGCUCUUACAUUAGACUAUGUCAAUCUUAGACUGAUUCCUGAUUUUGAUGGUGAGGGUGGUUGCAGACCCAUAUUCAGAAUAUAUGGUCAAGAUCCUUUUAUGGCUUCCGAUCGGACUUCAAAAGUUCUUUUCUCGAUGCCUAAAAGAAGCAAAGCUGUUCAGCAAUAUAAGCAGGCAGACUGUGAGCUGGUAAAGAUUGAUAUCCAUUGCCAUAUUCUCGGUGAUGUCGUGCUAGAGUGCAUUACCCUAGGUAGUGAUCUUGAGAGGGAAGAGAUGAUGUUUCGGGUUGUGUUCAAUACUGCAUUUCUUAGAUCAAACAUUCUAACACUUAACCGUGAUGAGAUUGAUGUACUGUGGAACACAACAAAUCGGUUUCCCAAAGAUUUUAGUGCAGAGGUUAUAUUUUCGGAGAUGGGUGCUGGUAAAAAUCUUGUCGCUGUUGAUCACCCGCAUAUGGAGGAAAAAGAUGUUUUACCUAUGGAAGCAUUUGCUAAGGUUCAGGAAAUUUUUAGUGAAGCUGAAUGGUUGGAUCCAAAUUCUGAUGUUGCUGUGACUGUUUUCAACCAAAUAACAGCAGCAAAUAUCCUUCAAGAAAGCUUGGAUUCAGGGUCUCCUCGAAGCCCUGACUCACGUAGCCUAUUGGAAUCGGCACUUGAGAAAGUUAAGGAGAAAACCAAGUUGAUGAUAUCGGAAAAUAUUGUUGCAAGUCCUGAUGCAUCCUCUCCUGAAUGGAAAGAGAAAGAUACAGUGUCCUCUCAUAAAUCUUAUGCCGAUCCGAAUUCAAUCCUUAAAAAGGUUGAUGAAUCGCAUGGACUUCGGGUUUCAGUCCAAAGAAAUGUUCACCCGAAGAUAAUUUCACCUCGAGUAGUCCAAAGUCCAGUAACAUCACCACUCCCAAACCGUACUCCCACACAAGGAUCGCCCGCUUCAGUAUCCAGGUUUCACAGCUCCCCUUCUAGCCUUGGGAUCACUUCAAUAUUACACGAUCAUGGUACGUGUAAAGGUGAAGAGUCUACUUCAUCAUCACCAGCCUCACCUUCGAUUUCGUUUCUACCAACAUUGCAUCCGCUACUCAAAAAAGCUUCUCCACAAGUUCCACAGUCGCCCACACCUGUUUGUUCAAAUGGCCCUCCUUCAGCAGAAGCAGCAGUGACGUCACCACCAUUGCCACUACUGAAGCCACUUAGGAUUUUGUCUACUCCACCUCCACUCCCACCCCAACCCCCACCUCCCAUAUCCUCUCUGCGCUCCACUCCUUCACCAAGUUCCACCAGCAGUUCCAUAGCAACACAAGGGCCUCCUCCACCUCCACCUCCACCUCCGCCUCCACCUAAUCUACAACCUCAGCGUUCUGCACAUUCAUCUUCUCCUCUGCCACCACCUUUACCUCCAAAGAAAUUGUUAGCUACAACUAAUCCUCCACCUCCACCACCACCACCUUUGCAUUCUAAUUCUCGAACGGGAGUCCCCACGAGUUCUUUGGUGGUCAAAUCUCCUCCUGUUCCUCCUCCACCAGCCCCUGCACCUCUGUCUCGCUCUCAUAAUGGCGAUAGUAAUGGAAAUAUUCCUCCAGUCCCUGGACCACCAUUGGGUUUAAAGGGGCGUGGGAUUUUACAGAAUCUUAGAGGUCAAGGUCAAACGAGAAAGGCCAACUUGAAACCAUAUCAUUGGUUAAAGCUUACCAGGGCAGUGCAAGGAAGUUUAUGGGCUGAAGCGCAGAAAUCUGAUGAAGCUGCAACUGCUCCAGAUUUUGACAUCUCUGAGCUUGAGAAACUCUUCUCAGCAGUGAAUCUUAGCUCUGACAAUGAAAGUAAAGGUGGGAAAUCAGGUCGACGUGCCCAACCUAAAGUUGAGAAAGUGCAGCUGAUUGAGCUCAGACGAGCAUACAACUGUGAGAUCAUGCUCUCUAAAGUUAAAAUACCUUUGCCUGAUUUGAUGAGUUCUGUUCUUGCUUUGGAUGAGUCAGUGAUAGAUGUUGAUCAAGUUGACAAUCUAAUAAAGUUUUGUCCAACAAAAGAAGAAGCAGAAUUGCUCAAGGGCUUCACUGGAAAUAAAGAAACUUUGGGACGGUGUGAGCAGUUCUUUUUAGAACUGCUGAAAGUUCCUCGAGUGGAGACCAAGCUAAGGGUUUUCUCAUUCAAGAUUCAGUUUCACUCCCAGGUUACUGAUCUUAGAAGAGGUUUGAAUACCAUACAUCGUGCAGCCAAUGAGGUUAGAGGCUCGGCUAAACUAAAAAGAAUCAUGCAAACUAUACUUUCCUUGGGAAAUGCGUUGAACCACGGGACUGCAAGGGGCUCAGCUAUCGGGUUUCGCCUGGAUAGUCUUCUGAAACUUACUGACACUAGAUCCCGUAACAGUAAGAUGACUCUGAUGCACUAUCUCUGUAAGGUCCUUGCCGAGAAACUUCCAGAGCUACUUGAUUUUCCAAAAGACCUGGUGAGCUUGGAGGCUGCAACAAAGAUUCAACUAAAAUACCUGGCAGAGGAGAUGCAAGCAAUUAGCAAAGGGUUGGAGAAAGUUGUACAAGAGUUUACUGCUUCUGAAACUGAUGGUCAAAUAUCAAAACACUUUCGUAUGAACUUGAAAGAGUUUCUUAGCUUUGCUGAAGGAGAAGUAAGGUCCUUGGCUUCUCUCUAUUCAACUGUGGGUGGAAGUGCCGACGCUUUGGCGUUAUACUUUGGAGAAGAUCCAGCGCGUGUCCCCUUUGAGCAAGUUGUAUCCACUCUGCAAAACUUUGUUAGAAUAUUUGUGCGGUCACACGAGGAAAACUGCAAGCAAGUCGAGUUUGAGAAGAAGAGAGCACAGAAGGAAGCAGAGAACGAAAAACUUAAGAAAGGUGUGUACAAUGAGAAUUGAAACAUAACUGCACACAAAAAAGAAUGUUGUUCUCUACUCUCGCUCGACCUCCUUGAGUAGCCUUUGGCAGUCCCAGCGCCGGAAAGUAGAUGUUGCAGCUCAGCUCCUAGUUCAGGGAUUUUACCCGAAGUUAAAACAAUUUCCCCAGAUUUAGUCUUUUAGAUUAGAAGAUUAAGGAGGAAACUGUGUUCCUCUGGUAGGUAACAAGAAGAAGAAAAAAAGCUGGAAUCCGGCGAUUAGGUAAUGCAGUCAAAGAUUUAGCUGUGUUUUAAUGGAGAUAGUAUUAGAUAGUCACUAAUGCAAGAGUUUGAGUCCCUUCCUGGUUUAAUACAGAAACAGAAAUGUAACUUCUUGUGUAUAAAGUUUUGGGAGGGUUAAAGAGAGAUGUGUAAAUAUUGAGUGAGUUUGUGUGUGUCUUCUUAUCAACAUUUACGAGUUUACAUCCAAUGAUAUAUUGACAAAGAUUGAUAAAACAAAA